UUUUCUCUCCAAGCCAUACGAUUUUACAAUCCCUCUCAUUUUCUCAAUUUCUUUCCUAUUCCUCUCAAUCUUUAUCUCAUGCUUUCGAUCCCUAAUUCUACUCCGAACAACCGCUGCAAGAAAUCCGUCAAGCCAACCCGUGCUCAGUCGUCGUUGAAUCUAAUACUGUCAUCCGUUGUGCCCAGCCUUGUCGUCGUCGAACCACCACAUGCCCAACCUUGUCUUCGUCUUUGUUAUGAAAAAAUUAAUUAAUUUUUUGCGUGCUCUGCACUCUCUCCCAUUCUCCUCCUUCUUCACACUCUCCGUUCCAUAUCCGCAAACAAUUUCUCCUUUCCGAAUUUCAACUUCUAUAGGUCGAUACUCCUAUUCAAUCUUUCUUUGUGUUAAAAGUUCUUUGUUCUUUUAAAAAUCGUUUAUGGGUUGCUACUUCACUGGUUUUUUUCUAUUUAUUUUUUCAUUUUUCUGCAAUUUAAAAAUCUUUUAAAAAUCGCUUAUCGAGCUAUUGGGUGAACGAACAACAAAUGCAAUUGAGACCUCACCGACUUUAUCAACAAAUAACAACUUCUCAAGCUUCAUCCGGCAGCUCAACACUUAUAAAAAUUUAGGUGGAGAAGGACAAUGGUAGCCACAAGAUGAAUGUAAAAUGAAGAAAUUGAGGAAAGUUGCAGCAGAAGAAGCCAAAAUGGAAGGGGACCCAAAUGUGGCUGCUCGGGAAUUUUGGAAUUGGAGUUGGGAAGAGUUGGCCCUGUACAAUCUUGCAGAAAUGAUUAACUAUAUAAAUUCCUUGACAAACAGGAAAAUUUAUAUUGUUGGACACUCACAGGGAACAAUUAUGUCUUUUGCUGCUCUUACCCAGCCAGAAAUAGCCAAGAAUGUUGAAGCAGCUGCUCUUUUAAGUCCUAUAUCGUACUUGAAACAUAUUACUGCUCCAUUAGUACGUCUAAUGGUUGACACACAUCUUGAUACGAUAUUCUUGCCUCAGGAUUUCAUGAACUCAACUUUAAAAGCGAUUGGGGAACAGUCCUUUUAGAUAAUCUUUGUGAUCGGCUUGUUAACUGCAUCAAUGUUCUUAGUUCAAUAACAGGUUCUCUCAAUGCAACCUGCUUCAUGUUUCUCUUUCUUUUUAUUUAUUUACUAUGUGAAACCUUGACUGUGGAAUCCUUAUCCAACAUACGUGGAUGAUGCCUUCUUGAACCGGACAUGAAUCUUUCAAUUCAUUUGGCUCUCCUCUCACGCUUAUUUAUUGCUUUUAUUUCAAUUCAUUUGGCUUCGAGCAACUUUUUUAUCAUUAGAAAUGUAAGAAGAAGAGCUAAAGGUAUGUAAAGCUUUCCUCCUCAUUCUCUUGAAUCAUAAGGUUUUUGUUUCCAUUUUUAUUCAUCUUAAAGUAUCAGCAGAUAAUGAAGUUACUAUAACUGAGCAUCUAAUAAAUGAGAGUCAACUUGAUGUGCCGAUUAUGAUAACUGAGCAAUAAGUUGAAAAGUAAAACAAUCAUUUUUAUUCACUUUCUUGAUCCUGAUAAGUCCAAGAGUAAGGAUGAUUUUAUUCAUAAUUACAAGAAUCUUAGAAUGGAUUGUUGGUUGUUGAUUGUGUAUUUUGUGUUGAUAUUUUUGUUAUGAAAUGCAAUGGCAGGAAAGGGGAAGGCCUUUAAUAACACUAGAGUGAAGCAUAGAGUGAAGCGGUCGAUUAAGGUGCCCACGAUUAGUAACAAGCUAGCAGAUAUGAUAAUUAUUCAUGAAGGAAAUAUGGCCAAAAGCCAAUCAAAGGUUCUCCACACCCAAGAUAAUUGAAGUCAUAUCGGGUUGAAAGCUAAGCGAUUGUGCAGAGAUUGCCAAGCGACCGUUGAAAAUUGAAGACUGAGAAGGCAUUUAGGAUUUUUAAUUAUUUAAUUCUUGUAUUAGAAUUUUUUUCAUGUACUAUUGUAGAAUGUAUAUAUAAACAUAAUAUUAAGAUUUUA